CGUAGCGUGUGCCGUUUCCGCUGCCUUAGGGUGACCGUCGUCGUGCGCCGCGUGUACGCGUUGUGUGCCGUUCGUUUUGAAAUUUGUGUGUAUUUGCGAUUUUGAUUUGUUGUGCUGUUCGAUUUUCGCCGUUAACUGCGCGUAUUUCUGUUGUUAUAUUAUAUCGUUUGCCAUCGUCGUGGACGCGAAAAAAAAAAUAUCUCCGAUUCAAACAACCGUGUGUCGUUCCUUUCCGUUUUGGCGCGGUGCGUUCGCGUGUGUGUGUAGGUAAACCCUUCGCGAUCAGAAAGGAAUAAACGAUCUACGGCCUUUUUCUUCGGUGUUUCUGCAAGACAUAAGAACUCUGCUGAUAACUGCCGAUAACUAUUUUGGCUGUGUGAUGCUUUAAGCUAGUCAGUAUUUAACAAUCAUCAGGCCAGAAAAGAAUAGUUGGUGGCAUUUUUCAAGUUCAGUCUACUGCAUGUUUAGAUUUACAGGGGAACCAUUCGCAGAUUGCACAUCCUCCUGCUAUUAAAGAAGAAAAAUUCGAGAUCUUCCGCCAAAUUACUGUUGACCGAGCUAUUUUUUUCAAAAAGUACUCGCCCACUAUACCAUUAUCCAUGUCCUAGUUGGAUACAGGCCCACAACUCCGUUACAGAAGAAUGUGCGGGCCUUUACAUGAACAUAAUACAGCAAUGAGGUGACAGAAGGCGUUCCGUCAGAAAGGCUAACAUGGAAACAGGGUACAAAACACUGUUAAUCAAUCCUCUAGCAUUGAUUUUUGUAUUCUUAAUAUCGAGUUGUUGCUGCUCGUUAAGAAAUGGCAGCUUAGCAGAUUUACGGUUCACUCGCGAUUUGUAUAAUGCGACGAUACCAGAAAAUGCCAUCGUUAAAACUUAUGUCCGUACGGAAGAAAAAAUGGGCAUAUAUUGUUCGGACGAAGAUGUUGUUGUACGGUACAAGUUAGCGUCUCAACAAAAAGUAAAAUUUUUCAAAGCCGAGGAAAAGAAAGUGGGCAAUUUUUGGUUCCUUUUGAUCCGGACGAAGACUGACUACGAGUUUCUAAACAGAGAGCGCCAAGACAAGCACAAUUUGGAGGUCAAAGCCACAAUCACAACAUCGGCCGACAAAUCGAAAGACAAAAAAAGAAACAACUUUUCCUUAGAAUUGCACACCAAUGUAGUCGUGACGGUGUUAGACCUAAACGACCUGAGUCCAAUUUUCUAUCCCGAUGUGUACGAACAAAAUAUUCCAGAAGACACGCCGCUCCAUUCUAGCGUGCUUAAGGUGUCCGCCGAAGACGCUGACAUUGGAGUGAAUGGCGAGGUUUACUAUAGUUUUAAAAAGAGGACAGACCAGUUUGCCAUACACCCGAGGUCUGGUAUCGUUACAAUCACUAGACCGUUGAAGUUCGAAGAGAGAAGGUCUUACGAUUUUAUCGUUGAAGCCGAAGAUCGAGGUGUCAAACGACUCUCUAGACCGAGUACGGCGACAGUAAAAUUCCAUAUUUUGCAAGCUAAUCUGUUUAGCCCAGAAAUAUACGUACAGCAUUUAUCUCACGUGGUAGAAGAGUCUAACUGUGACAUAUAUGCAAUCAUUAAAGUGACGGAUAGAGAUUCAGGGUUACACGGUGUUAUUCGCAGUUUGGAAAUCGUCGACGGUGAUCCCGACGGUCAUUUCAGAAUCCGAGAGACGGGUCGCAAUGGAGAAUAUAACAUUGUCGUGCUAAACAUGUUGGAUAGAGAAACGGCUCCCAAAGGAUACAAUUUAUCUUUGAGGGCCGUCGAUUCCGGGACACCAGAGCGAGAUACGUACGAGUCGAUUCACAUUGAACUCGCCGACAUCAACGACAAUGCUCCCGUAUUUGAACGUGAACUGUACGAGGUGAACAUCGCUGAAACUGCACCGAUCAAUUCGCCAGUAAUCAAGUUGAAAGUUACUGACAAAGAUGAAGGCAAAAACGCUCAAGUGUUUUUAGAAAUUGUCGGCGGUAACGAAGGCGGUGAGUUUCGGAUGAACAAACGGACGGGUAUGUUGUAUACUGCUGUGACAUUAGACGCAGAGCACAAGUCGUCUUACACCUUAACAGUAAGUGCAAUCGAUCAAGGUAAUGUCGGCAGCAGGAAGCAAUCGGCUGCAAAGGUGAAAAUAUUCGUUGUCGACGCCAACGACAAUGACCCUCUAUUUGAAAAAUAUCAAAUGGAGGUGACAAUAAAUGAAAACGAAACGGCCGGUACCUUUGUGACUAAAAUCGGAGCGCGUGAUAAAGAUUCAGGUGAAAACGGUUAUAUAUCUUAUAGUAUAGCCAAUUUAAAGCCAGUGCCAUUCGACAUUGAUCAUUUCACCGGCAUCAUAAAAACCACUCAACUCUUGGACUACGAGACGAUGAGGCGUGAGUAUGUGCUACACAUCAGAGCCUCGGACUGGGGUUACCCGUACAGAAGACAAACGGAAAUGAAACUAGUUAUCAAAGUAAAAGACGUCAACGACAACCGGCCUCAGUUUGAGAAAAUCGACUGCAAAAUUCAACUCCCUAGAUUUACCGCUAUCGGCAAAGAUAUAAUGACAAUGUCAGCGGUGGAUUUCGACGACGGUGACAUAAUCAACUACCGGGUAGAGUCCGGCAAUGAAGACAACUGUUUUGCUAUAGACACUGCGUCGGGCAUACUAUCGGUAACAUGCGACUUGACCGAUGUGCGAAGCGAAGAACGUGUGUUAAAAGUAACUGCCACUGAUGGUUUCCAUUAUUCGGACUUGACAAGCCUGCAUAUCUCAUUGGUGAACACUAAGAAGACACAAGCUACAGACGACUCUAUCAACACUGAAUGUCGAGAGACUGGCGUGGUUCGUAGGAUGAACGAAGCUAUCGAGACAGCCAAGAAGAACAACGUCGGUGAAGAUGAUGCAUUCGCCAUGAUGCCCAGCCGGUAUGGAGAAAAUGUACACAAACCCGAAUUCAUACACUUGCCGGCCGCCGUACAAGUCAACGAAUCAGUGUCUCUAGGCUACACCGUUCUGGCUAUCCGAGCAAGAGAUCGGGAUCUCGGUUAUAACGGUAAGCUUGUAUACGGUGUAUCGGAUGGUGAUGAUGACUCCCUAUUUAGGAUCGAACCAGACACGGGCGAUCUAAACGUAGUCAGUUAUCUGGACAGAGAGGCCAGGGACGAGUAUACUUUAAACAUCACCGUUUCCGACUUGGGAAAACCACAGAGGUCCACCUGGAAGUUGCUGAAAGUGAUCAUUUUGGAUGUCAACGACAACGCGCCCAAAGUGGACAAGAGAGUGUCGAGUUUUCGAGUGAGCGAAAACGCUCGGAACGGAACUGUAAUAUUUAAAAUAAACGCCAAAGACCCGGACUUGGGUGAAAACGGUAAAGUAGUAUACUCGUUGAUGACGGAUACCAUGCAAUUUUCUGUCGACAGAACGUCUGGUAAUCUUUAUAUCUCCGGACGUUUGGAUCGUGAACGACAAGAACUGUACGAGCUGACCGUCAGGGCGUCGGAUUCAGCUCCAGAGCCUUUGACGUUGCACACUGAAGCGCUAAUACGAAUUAUUGUCGGUGACGUAAACGAUAACGCGCCCCAAUUUCUCGUACAAAAUUACACUGUCAAAGCGUUGGAAGAUUUACCGGUAGGAAGUGUAGUGGCAAUAGUGACUGCGGUCGAUCCCGAUUUGGGUUCAGGCGGACGGAUAACUUAUUCGUUGGAAACGGAAACGUCAUCUUCAGAAGCCGAUGAAAAGAUAUUUGAAAUCGAUCCGUUAUCUGGAACCGUCCGGACGGUAACCAAAUUGGAUUACGAACAGAGACAGGUGCACACUUUGAUCGUCAAGGCGGUCGAUGGUGGUUUACCGUAUUUGUCUUCGGAGACCUUGUUGACGGUAGAAAUAGUCGACGUCAACGAAAACGUUUACACGCCCGAGUUCAGCAGUUUUUAUGCUACAGCAUUCGUCGAUGAAAACGAGCCGCCCGGUACUCUAGUGACAACGGUUACAGCCACGGACGGCGAUCCCCCGGGUGACGCGUCUAGGGUCGGCUACUCCAUAGUGGACGGCGAUGGUCUUGGAUACUUCUCUAUUGAUAGCGAAGGAAACAUCAGGACGAUGGUGGUGUUGGACGCGGAAACGAAAUCGUCGUACUGGCUGACUGUGAUGGCAUUCGACCACGCCACCGUUCCACUGCACUCUCGCAUCGAGGUGUACGUUGAAGUGAAAAAUGUUAACGACAACGUUCCGUUGACCAAUGCACCUGUAUAUUAUCCACGGAUAAUGGAGAAUGCAGCACCUAACACGGCGGUCAUACAGCUGGAAGCCACCGACGGUGAUUUGUCAGCCACCAGAAUAACAUACAAAAUUACCUCCGGCAACCCGGGAGUGUUGUUUUUCAUAGAGCCCACUACCGGUCUUAUCACCACUACCGGACGGAAACUAGACCGUGAAACCGAAAGCGAACACAUAUUAGAGGUGACGGUCAUCGAUGAUGGAAUACCGGUGUUGACGUCGACUACCAGUGUGAUAAUAUCGGUGGACGAUGUCAACGACAAUGCCCCCGAGCUGUUGAAGAAAGCGUAUCGGUUCAAAAUACCCGAAACUCAACCAGUGCAAGAACCGCUCACCCAAGAAAAUGGUACGGCUGCCCUCGGGGAACUUUCCGAAGUCGACCAACAGCUGUUGGACAGCAAACCGUGGACUCUGUUCGGACCCAACGACAUUGUCGGUCCUAUACUUUUUAGAAUCUUGGCCAAAGACCGCGACUUCGGCGACAACGCCAAACCCACUUACACGUUGAAAGCUGCUCCUGGAUACGACGACAUCUUUGCCGUGGAACCCGAAACCGGUUUCGUACACUCGGACCAUAGUUUCAGAGGCAACCAAGAUUAUUCAUUUUACGUAAGAGCGACGGACAACGGAUCGCCGAACAUGAGCUCCAUGGCCAAAGUCAACGUCGAAGUGUUGAAAAUCCCAGAAAACUCCAAAUACCCUCCGGAAAUACAAAACCCCAACCUCAAGGUGGACAUCACAGAGAUCGACACCGUCGGUUACACAGUAGCUCUGAUCAUGGCCGUAGACAAGGACCAAGACUAUCUGUGGUACAAGAUAGAAAGCGGUGACCCCGACUCGGAAUUCAUGAUCGAAGACGACGGCAACGUGCUGCUCGCCCGGCAGUUGAACUGGGAGUCCGUGAAAGAGUACAACUUGACCAUAUCCGUGACGGACGGCGUGUACACGACAACCACCCAACUGUUUGUCAGCGUCAAAGACAUCAACGAGUACCGACCCAAGUUCUCGCAACACGUGUACGAGGUGAACGUGACGGAAAACGCGGAAACCGGAUCGCCGGUCGUCAGGCUUUCGGCUACCGACGACGACCAGGACACGAAACUGCUGUACGGCAUACACAGUGCUCAGCACGUCAACUCGAUCAAAUCCUUCGCCGUCGACUACCUGUCGGGCAUCGUGUCCGUUCUGCAACCAUUGGACCGGGAAAGCAUAGCCAGACACGAGCUGACCGUGGUCGUGAAAGACCAGAGCACGCCGUCCAAGAAGAACUUCGCCCGAGUCAUCAUCACGGUGGUCGACGUCAACGACCACGCGCCCGAGUUCAGUUCCAAGAUCAUACAAUGCCGGGUGUUCGAGACGGCCGCCGUCGGCACCAGCGUGCUUCGACUGAUGGCCACGGACAAAGAUCACGGCGAGAACGCGGCCGUGUCGUACCAGAUAAUGUCGGGCAACGUCGGUAACGCGUUCGGCCUGGACAGCAAACUGGGCACACUGCGCGUCAUGAAAGAAUUGGACAUGUCCGUUGCCACCGAGUACGUGCUCAUGGUUAAGGCCAUCGACUCGGGAUCGCCUCCCCUGUACUCUACCGUGCACGUUUACAUCGUGGUCGUGAUGGCCGACAACGCGUCGCCCAAGUUCGACAACGCCGUGGAAUCCGCCGAGCUGUACGAGAACGAACCGUCCGGCACCGUCGUGAAACGGUUGCAGGCCCGGAGCACGUCGUCGCUGCUCUUCGAACUCGUCCGGGGCGACACCUACGACGUGUUCGCCGUCAAUCCCAGCACCGGCGUGUUGACCACCAAGAGGCCCCUAGACUACGAAACCCGCCACGUGUACAACCUCAGCGUGACCGCUACGAACAUGGCCGGUUCAAAAGCCACUUGCCACGUUUCGGUGCACGUGCUCGACCGAAACGACAACCCGCCAGUGUUGCUCAACGCCAGCUACAAAGGCAUGAUCAGCGAAGCCGCCCCCAUCGGUUCGCUGGUGCUGUUGAACGAUACACUACCGUUGUUGAUACGUGCCACGGACGCCGACUCCGGUUCCAACGGGCUGUUGCAAUACGAAAUCGUUGAGUUCGCCCAGAGCAGAAUGUUCCACGUGGUUUCCAACACCGGCGCCAUAAGAACCACUACUCUGCUUGACUACGAAACGAGUCCGAACAUAACGUUCCGCGUGAGAGUCAUCGAUCAGGGCAACCCCAGACAGACGUCCGAAGUGCUAGCCACGGUGUUGAUCUCGAUUUUGGACGUUAACGACUGCCCGCCGGUAUUCACCAGCUACGAGUACAACGCUUCGGUAUUGGUACCGACUUACGCUAACGUCGCAGUCGUUCAGCUUAAAGCCACUGACGGCGAUUCCGAGAAACUGACGAAGCUCACCUACUCCAUUGCCGGUGGAAACGAAGCAAACGUGUACGCCAUCGAUCCCGAUAGAGGUCUUAUAACCGUCCGGGAACCUAGUUCUGGAAUUAAAUCUAGCCCUCAUAGCCUAAUGGUGUCUGUAACCGAUGGAAAAUACUCCAGUCAAUCCACCGUUAACAUUAUCUGGUACCGAAGUGAGGACUCCAGUCUCAAAUUCCAAAAGUCAGUUUAUUACGCCACUGCCACAGAAAAUGACACUAAAGUCAGAUUCCUGUGUGCCGUCACUGUAGUCGGAGCGCAUCUCAAUGAACAUCUUUUGUUUUCAAUAUCCAAUCCCAGUAAAUACUUCCAAAUAGGUCCCACUACUGGAAUAGUAAGCACCGCCGGAAUUGCUUUCGAUCGUGAAGUCAGAGAAAUGUAUCAAAUUAUUGUACAGGCUAAGAGUAUGGAUGCCGAUAAUGAAUUAAGAAUUGCCCACGUCCCUGUCAACGUUACUAUUUUAGACAUUAACGACAAUGCUCCUAUGUUUGUGAAUUUACCAUAUUAUGCGGUCGUAUCAAUUGAUGCCAAAAAAGAUGAUUUAGUUACUAAGGUACACGCUGUAGAUUUGGACCAAGGAGAAAAUGCAGCUGUGCGAUACGAAUUAACAAAAGGACCUGGUGAGCUUUUUAGAGUUUCGAGAAGUACGGGAGAGAUAUUUUUAAGACAUAACCUUGAAAGUCAAAACAAUGGUCGUAGCAAUGAAUACAAACUAACCAUAGCAGCAUUUGAUGGAGGAUUAACAUCAUAUUCAACUGAAGUAGAAGUCAAUGUAAAAGUCAUGGAUCGAUCAAUGCCAGUGUUUGACAAACAGUUUUAUUCAGUGUCUGUUCCUGAAAACAUCGACCUCUACACUCCUCUACCCUUAACAAUCAGAGCUGAUUCACCACUCGCCAGAAAAUUAAUAUACAGUAUUGUUGGUGGAAAUACUUUUGAAGAAUUUGCCAUCGACUUCAAUACGGCAGCUGAUGGUUUUGGUAGUACUAGUUUAUUGUAUGCUGUGGAUAAUUUGGAUUUUGAACAAGUACAACAUUACACACUAACUGUUCGGGCGACCGAUAGUGUAUCCGGUGUUUCAGCUGACGUGUUGGUCAGCAUAAUGGUAACAGAUGUCAACGAUUGUGCACCUGAAUUUCUUCAGGAAUCCUACAACGUCUCCGUAUCAGAAUCUUCAUCAUUUGGCUCAUUCAUACUCAAAGUCACGGCCACUGACAACGAUACUGAUAUAAAUCGUGUGGUUAAAUAUUCAAUAAAAAAAGACAGCGAGAACUCUACCGACUAUUUUCACAUAGACGAUAAAGAUGGAUCAAUUUAUCUGAAACAAUCUCUAGACCAUGAAACACGCCCGUCCCAUCAUUUAGUACUAGAAGCAACCGACUCGGGUGUACCGCCUCUUAGAAGUACUGCUCAUCUUUGGGUAACUGUUGUUGAUGUGAAUGAUAAUGCACCAAAGUUUGAGCAAUCUUCUUAUUCCUGUUGGUUGUCCAAAGACGUGGAAAGAGGUCAGUUUGUCACAAUGGUGUCUGCUACUGAUCCCGAUAUUGUUGAUCAUUCUCGUCUGAUUUACGGUAUAACAGGAGGAAAUAUGCAACAGAUGUUUGAUAUUAAUUCCACUUCAGGGGUUGUUAUUGUUUCGAACUUAAACAAAUUGGCUUCAGAAAAUGAGCACGUACUUAACAUAUCUGUCAGUGAUGGAGUGUAUACAAGUUUCUCAAGGGUAAGGAUUGAAAUGGUAUCAACAAACAAGCAUUGUCCGGUAUUUGAGAAGCUUCAAUACGAUGCACGCAUUAUGGAAAAUCAGAUAGCCGGCACAGAAAUCAUACGGGUUCAGGCAAUUGACAAUGACACUGGUCCUUACGGUGAAGUGAAUUACUCAAUACAGUCGAAAAAAUUAUCGAAAAUAUUUCAUAUCGACAAUGUUACUGGUGUCAUACAAUCAAGAAUGACAUUGGACCGAGAAGAAACACCAAUGUAUGAAAUCAGCGUGUUGGCUUGUGACCAAGGCGCUAGAUGUGGAUUCACAUUAGUAAGAGUUCGCGUGAGUGAUGAAAAUGAUAACUCGCCCAGAUUUCAAUUGCCAGAGUACAAAACUUGCAUUGAUAGCUUGUUACCAAUUAACACAGGAUUUCUCACAGUAAAAGCCGUAGAUGAUGAUCAAGAAACAACUGGUCAAAUAACAUACUCAAUUAAUGAUAUCGAACCCAGCGACAUCACAAAAUUAAUGACUGUAAAUAAAUAUACAGGUGCUCUUGUACUUUUGAAAUCUGUUGAAAAUUUAAAAAACAAUGUGUACCAGUUUUUCUUGCGUGCAACUGACAGUGGAACGCCUCCUAGGCAAUCGGACGUUCCAGUUGAAUUAUUUAUACGAUCACCUGAAGAUUUACCUCCCGUUUUCCUUCAACAAGACCAGAAAUUCAACCUGACGGAAAGCGCUCCGAUUGGCACAAUUGUCACUACUGUGAAAUUAGUGUCCGAAGUGGAUGCUAAAUAUAGGGUAACGGCGUCUGAAAAUACAGCAAAAUUAUUUACAAUUAACAAUAAAGGUGAAAUAACAACAACCGGUUUAUUAGACCGAGAAAAGCAAGCGUUACACAUACUAGGCAUAGUCGCUUACACAGAGUCUUCACCACCGCUAACAGCUCUGACCGAAGUCCAUGUGAAAGUGUUGGACGAGAAUGAUAACAUACCAGAGUUUGAUAAUGACUAUUAUAAUAUUAAAAUAUCAGAAAUAAUAGCCGAAGGAACACCAGUUGUCAAAACUCGUGCAACUGACUUAGACGAAGGAAAAAACAGUGAACUUAAAUACGUGAUAAAUUCCAAUAUGAAUGUACCAUUUGUGAUAGAUCAAUAUUCGGGAUCUAUUAGUGUGUCUGUGUCAAAUUUGGACCGAGAAAUUAAAUCAUCGUAUACGUUUGAUGUCAUAGCUUUUGAUAGUGGUACACCAUCUCUGAAUUCUACUGUGAAAAUACAUAUUGCUUUAGUUGACUACAACGACAAUCCGUCCCGUUUCUCACAAACCGUGUACUCAGCAUCAGUGGAAGAAGACUCAUUACCUGGAACCGUUGUAGUACAAUUGACCUUAAUAGAUGAAGACAACGAGCUCCCAUCUACUCUCAUGUAUCACAUCUAUGAUGGUGAUGUACACUCCAACUUUGCGAUUCGAUCAACAGGUGAAGUUUAUGUGACAAACAUGCUAGACAGAGAAACAAUAGACAAAUACCAACUUACCAUCUUGGUUACGGAUGGGAAAUAUGUCUCUACUACGCAACUUCAUAUCACUGUUAUUGAUGUCAAUGACGAAAAGCCGAUAUGCUUGCGCCAUAGCUACAGACGCAUGGUAUCCGAGGGAGCUCCCAUUGGGAGUGUAAUUUUAACUGUUGAUGCCAGAGACGCAGAUUUAAAUCCAAAAUUAAGAUAUUAUCUGACUGGUAAUGGAGCGGAGCAUUUUAGCUUAGAUAUUGAUACUGGCCUAUUUAAGACUGCAGUGCAACUAGAUCGAGAAAGACAAUCUCGAUACAAUUUAGAAGCGCAUGUUCAAGAUCGAGAAAAAAAUGACUGGGAGUGUAUAAGUAAAGUUGAAAUCAUAAUGGUAGACAUUAACGACAACGCUCCUGUGUUUGUAUCUAACAACAAUACGGCUUCUUUAUCCGAAGAUGCACAAAUCGGCACCAUUGUAAUUAAAAUGCACGCUAAUGAUGCUGACAUAGGCUUAAACCGAAAAUUAAAGUACUCGUUGCAAGAUUCAGCUGAUAAUCGCUUUAUUAUAUCACCAGACAGUGGUAUAGUGACUCUUGCUAAGAAAUUGGACCGAGAGACAUGUGAAAUGUAUAACAUAAGCGUCAAAGCCGUCGAUCAUGGUACACCGCCGCUUUCAGGACUUGCCCAAUUAACUGUAAUUGUGUUGGAUGUUAAUGACAAUCCUCCAAUAUUCGUCCAAAGAAUGUACUAUGCCACUGUUUCGGAAAUAGCUUCCAUUGACACCGAAGUUACAAGAGUCUUGGCUACAUCAUUAGAUUCGGGUAUAAACGCUCAAGUGGUUUACUCUAUUGUUGGAGGCAAUGAACACAACAAAUUCUCGAUAAAUCCCGAGACCGGCAUAAUCAGUGUUUUCGAAAUAUUAGACUACGAACGCGUGCGUGAUUAUUUAUUAACAGUCCAAGCAACCGAUCUUGGUGAACCUCCUCUUAGCAAUCAAGCUACUGUAAACAUAACUGUAUUGGACGCCAACGAUAAUGCACCGAUAUUCGGACAACUAGCUUACACCACUCAAGUCAGCGAAGACAUACACAUAGGUGAAGUGGCUAUCAAAGUGUCUGCUACUGACUUGGACAGUGAGAUUAACGGAAAAAUCCGUUAUGCUCUUGUCAAAGGAGAUCAUCAUCAACAAUUCUCCAUAGAUCCGUACACUGGCAACAUAACUAUUACCAAGCCUCUAGACCGUGAAUUUGUGUCAAGUUAUAAUUUACAAAUCCGAGCGACAGACUCUGGCACUCCAGAACUGAUCAGUUUUGCGUUGGUCAACAUACAAGUGACUGACGUCAAUGACAAUCCUCCACUAUUUUCCCAACACAACUACUCAGCAUUUGUUCAUGAAGAUAAAAAACCUGGUUGGAUUGUUUGCCAACUCUCUGUGACUGAUGCAGACAUGGAACCGAAUGGUGGGCCGUUCAUUUUUGACAUACGCAACAAUGAAGAUGGCAGUGCUUUUAGCAUAGACCCAGAUGGUACUGUUAGAACUGCUUCACGUCUUGACCAUCGUUACCAGCAAAACUAUGAACUAGAAAUACGUGUGUUUGAUAACGGAAAACCUGUCUUGCACUCAGAUACAUGGCUUAACAUUAAAGUAAUUGAAGAAUCGCAGUUCCCCCCAAUAAUAACACCUCUUGAAAUUUGGGUGGGAUCAUGGCAAGAUCGAUGGGAAGGUGGAACUGUUGGGCAAAUACAUGCCACCGAUCAAGAUGAAUAUGAUACGCUAGUCUAUUAUGUAAUGAGUCAAAAAGAACUUUUCAAAGUAGAAGAACGUUCAGGAGAGCUCAGAGCACCUCAAGGGCUAGACGCUGGGAUUUAUUCUAUAAAUAUUUCAGUUAGCGAUGGCAAAUUUACUUCAUUUUCAACAGCCAACGUUGUUGUCGAAUCACUAACUGAUGAUAUGUUAUCUGAAGCUGUGAGCAUAAGAUUGAAGUCUGUCACUCCACAACAUUUCUUAUCGACCCAAAAGAAAAUGCUAAUGCGUUCACUAAAAUCGAAUUUAGCCAAAGAAGUGAGCUUGAUUAGUGUCCAAGAUGCUCCUCAAGGAAAUUUAGAUAUUUUGUUAUACAUCAGAGGGGGAAUCGACUUGAGUACUAUGCAUAAUGCUCUUCAAAAGGCUGGCUUAAUCAUAUCAAAUAAUGUUCACCCAUGCAACUGUACUCCGGGACACGGUGUAUGCAGCCAACGUAUCGCUUGGUUACCUGAUCAAGUUCAAACAAUAGUGACCGACAUGAUAUCAUUUGUGGCUCCUGCACAUACCCACCAACCAUAUUGUUCAUGCCGCCUAGGCUUCAUUGGUAAACAGUGCGAGAGCAAAAUGACAACAGAGUGUUUGUGUGAGGAAGAUGAGAUAUGCAUUCCCGACAAUGAAGUAGAUGGAAAGUUUAAAUGCGACAGGCCUCGAGGUGUUGGUGACCGUUGUUUGGCCGGUAACGAAACAGCAUGUCUGCCACCAAUAUUCUCGAAUUUGCACAUCACCUGGAUACAACUCAUAGCCGCUUCAGCAGCUGUAAUUUUCAUCAUAAUGGUUAUUUGUAUAUUGAUUAUUUGCAGGAAGUGUCGAGUAAAACGUCGAAAUGCUCGUCGGAACAAAAAUAUUACAAUGUUGAACACCGAAUUUAAGAGGAGUUCGAAAAUAAGCAACUUGGAAGUUUCUCAACGCCCUGCGUCAUAUACUGCUGUAGCCACCAACCCAGAAACUGCUUACAUGGCCGCCGUAGCUUCAAAUCAACUUAACAACUUGGAUACACUGAGGAGUUAUGGUUCUGCCGGCGACGAAUUAGAAAAUGUUCCUCUAGAUUAUUUGCGCAAUUUAAACAGGGGCAGCAAUAAUAAAAUAAUGAAUGAUCUCAAAACCAUUCCAGAUGUGACUAGAAUUCCGCGUCGAUCAGUCAGUUGUGCCGAGGAAGACACUAGAAUACUUGGUGGUUACCAUUGGGAUUGCUCGGACUGGGUACGCCGAAGUCAAAAUCCAUUGCCCAACAUCAGCGAAGUUCCUGGCAGCGAAGUACCUGAUUCUUCAGAUUUUCAUAGUGACAGCAAUGACGAAGUCCACCACCCAAUUAUUGAUCCAGCUAGAGAUUUAGAAACUCUCGAUGAAGAAUUGUACCUCUCAUAUCGCAGUGAAGAUGACGAUGUGGUAACGUAUGGAUUUCCUCAGAGAUAUCCAAGCCAAAGUGAGCUGUCAACAAAUGUUUGUGAAAUUGAAGAUCCAGAUAUGCCAAUGUCGACUGCUGUGUAAGCUGUUGUGUUGUUCAAACAUUCCGUUUAAAAAUAUUAUUUGCUGUUAUGUAGGAUGCAGCCUAACAAUUGAUAAUUGACAAUUAUUAUUAUAUGCAAUUUGUAUAUGUUUGUUUUUGACUAGUUUUGUCCCUUUCAUUAUUAUUAUUUUUUUUUUCAAAAGACUGAAAGAUUCAUUUCUAAGUAUUUGUAUGUAUAUAAAAAAUAUACUUCUGUGAUAGUUGAAUAAUUUUUUUUUUUUUUUAUUCAUACAAAUUAAUGCCCUUUGAAAUAAAUAUACUAAAAAUAAAUAAUAUAGUGUUCAUUUAUUGUCAACUUUAUCUUCAUUGUAUGUUGACAAUUUAUUUUUUAUUUUUAUACUUGUAUUUUUCUUACAUUUCCCUUUAGAAAAUAUGAUCUCGCACCAUAUCCAAUGCCAGUUUAAUUAUUUGUUUAUUUAAAAUUAUUAUUUAAUAUAGAUAAUUUAAUGUGUAGUAGUUUACCUAAACUAACCUAGUCUUAAAAAUUGUAUAAUGCAUCUCUAUGCUAAUAAUAUACCCUUAGGUGCUACUCACAUGUUCAUCAAUUUCAUAUUGAUUUAAAUAACAAAAAUAAUGCAUUUAGUUUAUCCUGAAAACUGAGAUAAGGGACUUGGGCAAUAAAAAAUAAAAAUGAUUAUUUAUUAGCUUUGUAAUUUUUAUUAUGAGCAUUGUACCCAACUAUUUAUAAAUAUACGUAUUACAUAUUAUAUAGUUGAACGCCUAAUAUGUAAUACUCUAUGUGUGUGUGUGUGUGUGUAUUAUUAACUGCAGUAUCAUUCCAUUACAAGUAAUAAAAUAUUUGAAACUUUUAAUGGUGAAAAUCUAAUAUCAAAUGUUCAUUUUUAUAUAUAUAUAUUAAAACAAUUUUCUUAUUGUAAAUAAUUAUUAUUAAUCUUGUAUAAAUUGUUAAUUAAUUCUUAUACAGUGUCGACCAAAAGUGCCUAAUUGACUUUAAAGUAUUAAUUUUUUUCUAAAAGCGAAUUACUUCUAUAUUAUACUACUAUUGAUAAUAACAUAUACAAUUAUGAGUUAUUACUUAUUGUUUUUUUCAGAGAACUACUUUUUUGUAACAGGCCUCCUAUAGUUAAUUUAUACAUAUUUUUUUCCUUCUAUUUAUAACUCGAGCAAAUUAAUGACACAA